AUGUACUUCACACCCAAUCGGAGACUAGGGUUCUCUCUGCCUCCAUCUCCGUCUCCAUUCACGACUCCUCGCUCGGAGAGGCGGCCAUCUGAUUUCAGAUGGGCAGACGGGAUCUCCACUUCAAACCGAAAUGACCGAGACAAAGAGGUGAACGUGCAGGUGAUGGUGAGAUGCAGGUCAGCCUCAUCAUUUCUGAACUUUCAAUUACCUGAUAGUAAAUAUAAUUAUGUAAUGCAGGAAAUAUCUAGAAUUUCAUGUUUGAGUUUUCCUUCUAUCUCAAUUGAGGUAUGAAGCAUCAAUUCGCUCUCAUCAUACUUUCUGACAAAAUUCCCGCAAUGCAUUCACUAAAUCGGGUCUUCAGAGCACGAUUUUUUUUUUGGUGUGGUCAUUUCAGCAUAGACACUGAUCCUAAGUUAAAUCACUUAUCAGGCCUUUAAGUGAUGAAGAGCAAAGGGCGAAUGUUCAAAGUGUAAUAUUCUGCAAUGAACAGAGGAAAGAAGUUACUUUUCUGCAAAGCGUAGCUGGAAGGCAACUAGAUAAGUCAUUUACUUUUGACAAGGUGCGUUGUCUUUAGAUUAUACUCGGUUUUAUUAGCUUGUAAAGUAGUCGUGGGAUUUCUCAUUCGUAUCAUAACUAUGUUUUUUAAUUUCUCUUGGAAAUAUUCUGUCAGGUAUUUGGUCCCAAAGCACAACAAAGGUCGAUAUAUGAACAUGCUAUCUCGCCGAUUGUCAAUGACGCUCUUGAAGGGUUCAAUUGCACUGUCUUUGCAUAUGGACAGACAGGGACAGGGAAAACACAUACAAUGGAAGGAGAUAUCAGAUCCAAGGUACUGAGAUUAGUUGUACCUUUGUUCUAAGUCAAUGUUUUCCCAUUGCCAUCAUGAGAAAUAAUAAUUUUUGAAAUGAUGCUCCUUCUGUCGAUCUAGAGCGGAGAAUUGUCUGCAGAUGCAGGCAUUAUUCCUAGAGCAGUCCGCCAAAUCUUUGACACUCUUGAUGCACAGAAGGCUGACUAUAGUAUGAAGGUAACUUUCUUGGAACUUUACAAUGAAGAAAUAUUUGAUCUCUUGACUCCAGAAGACUGUUCAAGAUCUAUGGACGAUAAGCAAAGGAGGCCAAUCUCUCUUAUGGAGGAUGGUAAAGGAGGCGCGGUUAUAAGGGGUCUUGAAGAGGUAGUUGUCUACAGUGCAAGUGAAAUUUACAGUCUGCUAGAGCAAGGUUCAGCCAGAAGAAGAACUGGUGAAACUUUGUUGAACAAGCAGAGCAGGUGAUACUCUUUAUUUCUCAAGAUAGCUUUAAACAGAAAAAAAAAGGAUCAAGAUGACUGAGCGAUUAUUCUACUGGUGCAGCCGCUCUCAUUCUAUUUUUUCGAUAACCGUCCAUGUCAAAGAAGCGGCAAUAGGAAAUGAAGAGCUAAUAAAAUGUGGAAGACUGAAUCUUGUAGAUUUGGCUGGCUCUGAGAAUAUUUCUCGAUCUGGCGCUCGAGAGGUAUGGAUUUUUAUGCCCAGAAACGCUAUGUUUGGCCUUCAAACACUACAUAAGAGGCUCUGUCAUGCUUUGCUGAAUCUCUCUAGAUUUUAUAUGUUGCAAUCCAAUUGGUGAGAGGUGUACGUGAUAAUCAAAAUGGUCCAAGUUUGCUGGAUGAUGAUGUGUAAAAUCCCAUGGCUAUUCUAGCCAUUUUGAUAUUUUUUGUAAUUAUAUUAUACUGACUUGACAGUCUAAUGGACAGGGAACGAUGGAUUAAUCGAUGGGAAAAAAUGUAACCAAAUAAUGACAAAGGAAUGAAGGAAUAAUCCAUAAAGUUAGGUUAUGUUAAUGAUAAAAAUAAAUGAAAAUUUCUGCGGCAGUGGCCAUAGUGUUAGACUUAAUAUUCCUAUUUCUGCACCAGUGGAAAUAGCCGGAAUUCUAGUCAAAGUGAUGGACAACAGCAUGAAAAUUUAUUCACGUGUUUAUUUACACAAUUUUUUUGGUAUCCAUGGAUAUAUUGGCACAAAUCUUUGAUAACAGGAGACUUUGAUAAGGAAGUUUGACCAAAAUCACGCUGACUAUUUUCCUACCGUGGCAUUAUAUGGCCUUUUUGGUUUAUUAAUAUCUAGGCAAUCUUUAUUCAAUAUAGAUCUACGUCCAGCUUAGGGGGCAGCGAUCAUGUAGUGGAUAAAUUUGUGCUGUUUGUUUUAGUAUCCAGACAUAGAAUAAAACUGAUCUUCUCCUGCUUAUUUUUGUGAUGCUGAUGUCCAGUAUAAGUUUUUCUUGUCAUGGAGAAAAUUAGCCAAUCUUUAAUUUUCUUUGAGACCGAGUGUUGAUGUCCAGUUCAGGUAUUGACUAUUUCCGAAAAAAUUAGAAAAUACAGAUAGAAUGUACAAAUUUAGUGGCAACGAUCUGGACGUAUAAUUUCUUGUAUCUUGACUGUCAUAGUGGAGUAUCGUGUGGGUAAUUUUUAGAUUUCUGUUGAAAAGUUGGGCUAAUGCAGUGGCAUGAGGAUUUUUUCACAAGUCUGUGAUAACUACAUCAGUCAUGCAACCAGUUUAUCCCUUCCAUUAAAUUUGCCAUAUAAAUGCGUGGGUCCGUCAAUGCAGCAUAGAUAUCCACCAGAUCAGCCGUCACAAUUUUUGUCGUAUCUAAAUUAAUGUGAUUCAUAAUGGAGUCAUCUCAGAGUCGAGCAAGGGAAGCUGGAGAACUGAACAAGAGCUUGCUCACUCUUGGGCGUGUCAUAACUGCACUGGUGGAGCAUUCUGGUCAUGUGCCUUACAGGUAUUACUCUAUAUUUCUUACACUUUUUUGUUGUCAUUUACCAUGUGCCACAUUAGGAUACGUAACCCUCUUUCAACAGGGAUAGCAAGCUAACGAGGUUUUUAAGAGAUUCUUUGGGCGGUAAAGCUAAAACCUGCAUCAUAUCAACCAUAUCUCCAUCUUCCCAUUGUUUGGAAGAAACACUAAAUACUCUGGAUUAUGCAUAUCGUGCAAAGGGCAUCAGAAAUAAGCCAGAGGUCUGACUCGAUCUAUUUUUCGACAUUCUACCUCUUUUCCUCGUGUCGUUCUUUGAAAUAUUUAGUACAAUAACGUUGCAGGUAAACCAGAAGCUGUCCAAGUCUGUGCUACUGAAAGACCUUUACUUGGAAAUUGAGAGGAUGAAACAAGGUUGGUUCACAUGUUAGAUCAUUUGAAAUUUGAACUGUCUCAAUAAGUUCAUGUUCUCAUAUUGACUUAAGUCUUUGUACCAGAUGUGAAAGCUGCAAGAGAGAAGAACGGUGUGUAUGUUCCCCAUGAAAGAUUUCUGCAGGAAGAAGCUGAGAAGAAGGUUUAUUUUUAUGAAUAUUCUCUUUAAAUAGGAUUUUGUGUAUCUUGGAACUCAACGACCCAUCUCCCCAGUCGUUUAUUCACAGUGAAAUUACUGCCUCACUACGCAGGCAAUGAGAGAGAAAAUAGAACGUUUGGACAUUGAUCUAGAUCUUAAGAAAAAGGUAGGUCUUGAUUCUUACCAUUUUUCUUUUCUGGCACUACUCUGGAUCAGCCUGCAAAACUGAUGCUUUCUUCGUUUUGGCAGCAAGCGGAUUCAUUUCAGGAACUAUAUCACUCAGAGCAAGAAAAAAACCUGGAUUUAGAUUGUGAAAUUAAGAAACAUAAGGUGAAAUUGGCUUCCAGUAUUUUAUAAGUUACUGCUUCCCUUGAUUGAUCUUCGCUAUUAUGAAACCACCGUCAGGGACUAAUGGAGGAAUCGAAAAAGGCCUAUAGUGAUCUUCAAGAAGAAUACAGGAAAAUGAACCAGCUACUGAAGGAAAAAGAGUAUACGAUCUCCAAGUUACGAUCCUCAGGUGACGAAUCGAAUAUAAUGAUAUCGUAUUUACUUUUUAAAUUUCAAUGAGUGAGCUCAUCAUACUCAAAACAUGCCAUAGUCUGUCUCAAUAACAAUCAUUGAACCUGUGAUUGUGUUUUCCUUUUUGCAUAUUUACAGAGAAUGCUAUACUUGAACAAGCUAGAGAAUUGCAUUCCAACUUGGAAUACACAUCAAAGGAAAUGGCAACACUUCAAUCUGAAAUUGGUACAUUGAAUUGUAUUACGUUGAUAUAAUCGCAAUUCAUUCAGCAUCUAAUUUUGCUGUUUGAGCGUGGCUUGAAAUGAUUUGAAUCGUGCAGACCAUAAGACGACAAUUGAAGCAGAAAACAACCAGCUGAUCUUAAACUUCAGGUCACAGCUUGAUCAGAGGUUAAGUAAUUUGCAGAAGACUGUAUCUGGAUGUGUUUCUAAGCAACAUCAACUAUUAAGAGAUAUGGAUGAACGUGUUUGCUCGUUCAUUGGAAGAAAAUGUGAGGUAUAUGGUCCAAUCUCACUCUGGUCGUUUAUUCUGUUCCAUGCACCUUCUUAGCAUUGUCGUGCAGGCAACUCAAGCCUUGGAAGCAAAGGUCGGGAAAAUAAAGAAUACGUAUUCCUCUGGAGUUGCUAUUAUGAGGGACCUGAUUAGAACACUACAUGAUAGUACCACCUCAAAUCUAGAGGAGCUGAAAUCUGCAACUAUUUCUGAAACACUGGCCGUCGAGAAUGUAAGAAAAAUACGAACAUGGCGCUAUUUUAUUUUUUUUUCUGGUACUGACAUGGAGUGAAACGAAUUCUCACUAUCUCAUUUUUUUUUCUGUUGAUAGUUUCUGAUAACUGUGGCGUCAGAGGCCGAACAGGUUGCCCAUGAUAUUCAGAAGUCACUUGAUGAACAGAAACAGCUACUGGUUUUUUCUACUCAACAUCAAGAAGCGGUACCAUGAAUUAUCUUCUAAUCACCAAUAUCAAACGACAUUAUGGGUCAUGAAAGUGGUUUUUAAACUAACCUUUUCCAACAUUGAACAGGGAUUGCAAAGAACCCUUGCAGCUACCCAAAUUAUUUCUAAAAUAACAAAUGAUUUCUUCAACGACCUCUCCAAUCAAGCCUCCAGAUUCGUGAUGACUCUAGAGGAAAAUCAUGCGGAAAAGUCCCAUCAAUUUGCAAAUUUCAGAAAGGCAUUUCAGGUCAGGGACAGUUUCGGUACAAGUUAUAGCUGUUUAUUUGACUGAAAAAAAUGAGAUAGAAAUAUACAAGUAAAAUUUCUACUUCGUUCCCAGGAAACAUCAAUUAAAGAGGAGAAUGAGGCUCUUGAAAAGAUUGCCGGAAUACUGUCAACGUUGACAUCGACGAAGAUAAAAAUGGUGGUGGAGUCUACUAAUUUCCACCAUUAUUUUUUAAAACUUCUUAGUUGUGAUACUUAUAAUUACAUAUUUUCCUCCCAUAUUAACUCUUUUAUCAGGUCUCAGAAGCUAUUGGUGACGUGGAUGCUACUUGUCUCAAUGGGAAAAAGAAGUUGAAGCAAGAGGUGUUUGAUCUGCAGAACGUCUCAUUGGAUGCCAAAAAGGACUGGAUCAGGCGUAUUGAAAAUUUAGAAAGCCAGGUCCAAGAAGACACACUUUUAGCAACUGAAAUCAGAACCACUGCGUCAAAUGUGGCCACAGAUUGGUACGCAAUCUUCUUCAUCAUGUCUUCGAUUAACCUGACCUCAACCCAGCACCACAAUCCCUACUUAUCCUUCUCCUUCUCUCUCCCUUCAGCUCGAAGAAAGUGGCAAUGUCUGUGCAACACUGGAAAAAUGCUGUAUCAUCUGUAGACAUUCUUCAUUCAGAUUUCGGUACAGAGAUUCAAUCUUCCAUUGAGUAAGUGUUCACUCUAAUUAUUAUCAUGAUUAUUUAUCACUUGUCUCAUUUUGGUCUUUGAUUUUGGUUUUGCUCAUCGCCUCUCCUCUUUUAAAAUCAACAGGAGAGGCAUCUUCCAAAACCACAAUUCUCUUGAAGAUUUUAUGUCCGGAACAUCUUCUGCGGACGCAGAAUUUGACCGGGGAAUAAGUGAUCUGCUCAGUGCUGUUAAUAGUAACUAUUUUCCUUCAGCCCAUUCCCUUAGCUUUGCUCUCAACGUGGCAAACACGAAGGUUAGUUAACAUGAGAGUUGCUUCGCAGAUUCAUUGGUCCUGGACCACGAAGCCAAGAAGGAAAUGGAUCCCAUAUCGACCAUGUGCUUAGAUCAGCUGAGGUCACUGCAAGACUGCCAUUCUGAGAACGUGGGUGAUAUUAGAGACCGCACAGAAAGAUGCUUAUCCAAGGAGUACCAGGUGUGCAUCACUUCUAGUCCAUUUAACUCAAGAAUCUUUCAACGAUGGUUCUUCAGGAAAUAUUAUGAAAAGAAUAAUUUGUAAAUUAUGAGUUGCAUCAUAGCAUUGUAUCAGUUUUAUCACUCAGGUUUCAACAGCAGUUAGUUGAUAUAUAUAUAGAUGGACCCAUGAAAUAAAUUCCUAGGUUUUUGGAGCAAAAGAAUGCAUCGAGCAUCUGAAUCUGUUUUAUCGUCGAUGAUGCGAGCUGCCCAGUUAAUCACAAUGGUUAUUUGUCAAUCAGAUCCAGCAGUUGACACAAACGACAACGGAGAAGCGGUCAAUCGCCCUUCCAAGCAUAGAAUUCAUCGAGGCAUUGCAAACGGGGUUGGAGAUUACCCAGAAAGGAAAAGAGGAAAAACCUUCAUUUUUACCACCGGAAACGCCCAGAAAUCCCUUCCGGGCAAUCAAUUGA